AACUACCAGUGAGUGAGGUCCGGGACGUGGUACAAACAGUCAGACGGACCGGGACGUGGUAGAGAGCAACACUUAGUAUUCUACCGGGACGUGGUACACAAGUUACUGACGGACCGGGACGUGGUGCAUGACAUCCUUGUACUGAACCAGUGUUACAAAUCCAUCCCAGUUGUUGACGUACAAAAUUAGUAAAGGUGUGCAUCAUGACCUCUGUGUGGAGAUGGUGUGCAGGUGUGGUGGUUGUGUGUGUCAUCAUAAGCAGCUGUGUGGGCCAGGAACGACAAUAUGGACGUCAACACAAUCAAGACUCUACAGGGCUCAUGCAACAUGGUACUGGGAGAACUGGGAGAGGACGCAUCAGAGAUCGUGUAGAAGAUGUGGAUGAUGGGCGUUCAUUGACACGAGAAGAACGGAGAAGACAAAGGGAGGCACGCAGACAGGAGAGAAUCCAGAGAAGGGAGGACCGGAGGAGACAGAAGCAGAGUGUUCAGAGAGUUGGACAAGAACCUGGAGAUGAGGAGCCUGACCAAGUAGUGGACUUGGUGUGGUUGAGAGCCAACCUGUCUUCACUGUGGAGAGAGUUUCGGGCUUUUACCAGACAACAAGGUCGAGGCCACAACCACCGUGGGUCAGUGCAGAGAGGACACAGUGAUACUAUGGGAGUUACUGAGGAUCAUUCCCUCUGUCCUACUGGGGUGGAGAGCUGCCAAGCUGCUGAUGGUCAGAUCUGCAGUGGACAUGGAGAGUGUUCAUGUGGUCAUUGUCAGUGUGAACCAGAGCACUAUGGCAGUAAAUGCCAGUGUAAUGAUCACACCUGUCAACUGUAUGACGGAAUGUCUUGUGGUGGACCAAGUCGUGGCCAGUGUAGGUGUGGGGGAUGUAUGUGCCGUUCUGGCUACAUUGGAGAAGCUUGCAACUGUCCCACUCAAACUCAGAUCUGUAUUAAUCCUGGAGAUAAAAACAUUUGCUCAAAUAAAGGAACAUGUGAAUGUGGAAGGUGCCACUGUGAAGAUGGAUACAAGGGCAUGUACUGUGAGGACACAGUGUACGCUGCUGGAGUCUGUGAGAAGCUGAAGCCGUGUGUUCUGUGUAAGGCGGGCAUGAGGGGCAGCCCUACCUGUGAUCAGUGUCAGAUUACUGUCACCGCUGUCAAUAAUCUGGAGCCAUCCAUGACAACCUGCGUGAUGGUCAACUCUGGCUGCAUCCUAAAGUACUCAUAUAUUGCACAAACAUCUAAUGCCUACACUGUCCUGUUGGAGAGGAACAAUGAAUGUCCAUCACAGAUUGUCUAAAACAUGAUAGACAUCCUUCCAAGAUAGAGGAGCCAAGACACACACACGUGGUCAAUGUUAGAAAUAAAGCACCAGAGAAUAAGCUAAGUGAGAACCUGCAUGAAGACCAGACAACUUGUGUAACAAUUUUUAUUGGUCCGGUUAACAACAUUGUGUCCAUGUCAGAGAUGAAUUACUUUACUUCAUUCAUCAUGAUUGGUGGGGUUAGGCUGGUCCGUUAAAGCCGAGGUCCUUUAUAGACAGUGUCCAUUAUAUCGGGUGUUUACGGUACAUCUUUAUUCUGUGUAUGCUCAAGUACAGUACAGUAUCUGUGUGUGUGUAGCAUUCUAGUAUACAGUCUGCUGUGGCUUUUAAUUGUAUUCCUGUGUGCACUUUUACGAGGAUACGUACAGUAGAAUUCCAUUUAUCUGGUAUCCAAGCAACUGGUAGAUACAACUAACUGGCACCAAAAUUAAAUAAUGCUAAAAAUGAAAAUUUAUCCCAAAUUAGCUUGUAUUGUAAGUUUGAAUACUGUGCACAAUGGGGAUGAGCUGCCAUACUUAUUCCUGUGAUAAACAAUUUUAGUUGAUACAUAGCAUAUCAUAAAAUACAGUAGCACACAUUUUAUGUAAAAAAAAAAGCUCAUUUCACA